AUGGAAUACGAGACGCCUACUCCCUUACGCACCGGCUCUGCUACAGUUGAUCCCACCAGAACUUCGAUUACUAUCCUUUCUACUAACACUGCCGUUAUUCAUUCCUAUUCUCAAGUUAACACGUCGUUCACUCUCAUUAAUUCAACCGGCUUCGGGUCCAUCUCUGGGCAAUCUUCCAACGGAGCUAAAAGAACUAUCAUAAAAGAGCCACAGCUCACAGAACGACAUUACAUUGAACGCCUGCUGGCCCUUGAGUGCGUUCCGGAAUAUGGAGGCCCCCCUCUCCUCUUCACUAAUUGGCACGAUAAGCCCCUCUGGAACGAUUGCAACCUCUUGGCGACACGCUGGGCCUGUGCCGGUUGCUUGCGACUUCUCCCUUAUCACCAUUUUCAAUACAAAUUCUUGGCCGAGGUGAUCUGGCGAAAGCCCAUGCUUGGAACCCCUGCAACCAAGAUGAUUACUUCUUGGGAGCCUACGGAUACACCCACUGGGAGUGUGGCAACGACACCCCCAGCCGACGGCGGCAGGAGCAUACAAGCUCGCUAUAACCUCAUUGUUGGUGAUAUUCUAUCCACGCCUCCUUUCGUUCUGUUCGGCCAGUACCGCGCUCAUGGGCUGGCCUACUUUGAUGGAAUUACGUUCAUCGACUUUCGCCAACGAAUUAUUGAAACCCCGGAUGACAUACGUCAGCGACUUUGGUGGAAUAUGAUCUUAAUGCAGAACCGCGAAUUCGGCAGUAAUCGACACUAUCGAAAGUGCAACAGAUGUCUGUUCAAAAACGGUGUCUUCAAUGACGCGACCAUUACCAGCCAUAAUGGUAUUUAUGGAACCGAAAGCUUUCCCAUCAUUUCGAUUGAGAACCACAUGAUCUCAUCCCCCCCUCGAUCGAUAUUUCCCUGGCAUCUUGGAUACCAUGCAACAAGGGCGGCCAUUCAAACGUUUUUAUCAAGGCUUCCGAAAGCCUUGGACUUUGUGGAUGGCUCGAUGUCCUCGAUGUGAGAAAUGGCAAGAGUUGAGAGCGUUUCGGAUCGGUGCCGGUGCCGGUGAGGUUGCUGAAGGAAGGCCUGGGCUUGAGGUAUGGGAACCUACCAUGGGGCGGCUAACCUGGGACGGAG